ACGCAUCCGGCUACUCAUUUACUGAAACCGACGAGUCCCACUCCAACACUCUACCAAUAUCAACGGAGAUGGACAUGUUCGUUGCAGCGUUCGUAGUCCUGGUAGCGACGUUCUUCGCGCCGGCGCAGGGGGGCUGGAACUAUGGGAUGGCGACGUUCUACGGCGGCGCCGACGCCUCCGGCACAAUGGGUGGCGCGUGCGGCUACGGGAACCUGUACCAGGCGGGGUACGGGACGAACACGGCGGCGCUGAGCUCGGUGCUGUACAACAACGGCGCGUCGUGCGGGCAGUGCUACCUGAUCAUGUGCGACAGCGGCGCGUCCCCCUCGUGCAAGGCGGGCAGCGCGGUGACCGUCACGGCCACCAACCUGUGCCCGCCCAACUGGGCGCUCCCCAGCAACAACGGCGGCUGGUGCAACCCGCCGCGCCCCCACUUCGACAUGGCGCAGCCCGCCUGGGAGCGCAUCGGCGUCUACAAGGCCGGCAUCAUCCCCAUCCUCUACCAGCAGGUGAAGUGCUGGAGGCAGGGAGGGAUCCGGUUCACGAUCAGCGGGUUCAACUACUUCGAGCUGGUGCUCAUCUCGAACGUGGCCGGGAGCGGGUCGAUCCGGUCGGUGUCGAUCAAGGGGACUAACACGGGGUGGAUCCCGCUGAACCGGAAUUGGGGCGCAAAAUGGCAGUGCAACUCGGCACUCGUCGGACAGGCGCUCUCCUUCGCCGUCACGUCCACCGGCGGCCAGACGCUCCACAUCUACAACGUCGUGCCGGCCUGGUGGAGGUUCGGCACGGUCUUCACCAGCAACUACCAGUUCGAUUAUUAAUCAGCUCGGGCGUUACGGAUGUAGUACGAAUCUGGGCUAAUUAAGCACAGGUGUACUUUUGGCUGGAAUUCGUUUGCAUUCUGAUCUCGAGUUGGCAAAUUUGUUAGUUCUUUUUGUGGACUAAUCUGUACGCAUACAUCUUGUUGUGAGAUAUAUA